CUUGGGGUGCAGUACUACAAUGCCGCUGGGGUCACUCAAACCCCCAGAACUGAUCCUCUACUUUAGUCAAUUCACUUUGGAUUGAAUCCUAAAAACCAUUAGAACCAUUUUUAAGGUUAAUCCCAAUGGCGUCACUCGUGAAGACAGAUUACUCCACCUCAGACGGCACCAUUAAAAAACACGUAAUAACUCAUGGUGCACUCGAAGCCAAACCAAUGGAUGGAUCUGUAUGCCACCUGCACAUCGAGGACAUACAGAUACUCCCUCCAAAUUCCCUGGACCUGUCGACCUUGAACAGCGAAAUCCUCUCAUCCAAACCAGACAUCAUUAUCACAAUAAAUGAAACCCUAUCACAGUUUGACAAUCAGCUUGAAGUGGCCAUCAGAUGGAUGGGUGAGAAAGAAGUAGCUAGGAUUUCCAUAAGGCUUCCAGCUCCUGACGAGAGCAGCAACGAUUCAAUAACAAUUGAAUUCACAGCAACCCUGACCUCUCACAUACCAUGCAAGCCAAUUUGGACAUGGAGUCCAAAAGAAAAAUAUAACUUGGCCAUGAAGUACAAGAGCAUGGGAGUAGAUCUGGUUCGGGAAAACCGAUUCAAAGACGCCUUCCACAGGUUCAGCAAGUCCACCAAACUCCUCAUCUCCAUGGAACCCAUGGAGCCCGAUGUCGAGCGCCCAGAGGAGCUCAUUAUGAAAAUACAAGAGCUGAAAACAAGUCUCUAUAAUAACAUGGCGAUGUGUCAGGUGAAAUAUAAUAAUCAAGAGCAUGCGAUUGAGUUGUGCACGAAAGUACUUCAGAGGGACGAGUACAACGUAAAAGCACUUUAUCGAAGGGGCUGUGCGUAUGGGGCACUGAGAGAUAACGAAAAAGCUAUUGAAGACCUUCAGAGGGCUGCCGAACUCGAACCUGACAACACGGCUGUUAAGGAGAAGUUGAAGAUUUAUAGGGAGAAGUUCAGACUCGCCAAGAUUCAAUCGGACCUCAUGGUGAAACGAAUGUUUAAAAGUUAAAUAGUUUCCUGGGGGCGAUGCACAUAUCCUUGAGGAUUCAAUGAUAAAAAGGCAGUUUACAGACUUUUUUUUAAAUAUUUUUAAGACCACUUUUCUCGGAUUGAAAAUGAAGAGGUCAUUCCUUAUGAGAAAUUCAUCGGUUUUGGGGGGUGGAGCAUUAAAAAAAAUAUACUAUUACAAAUAUAAAAACCUGGAAUAGUACCUGUGGUCAAAUUUUCGUAGAGACGUUUUUCGUGGAGCGAAAUCCUCUGCCAGUAUUAUGAAACCUUCAGUGUUUCAAUAAAUAAAGUUUCUUUGUUGUUUAAUAAAUACAACUUUGUUCAUUAAUAUAAAAAUACAGAUUUAUUGACUACCCAUUUUCGACUUACACCAGAGUUACUAUUUAAAACGUGUUACAUAUCUUCUCGAAAUUAUUUUUCAUUUCUGCAGCUUGAAGAUUUAACUUAUGUAUUAUUUUUAAAAUGACCAAUAUUGGAUGUGGGUCACCUAAAUUCGGCAAUAAAUUCAGUGAAAAAUUUCUAUAUUCGAUCAUAAUUUUCGAAUGAUUAGGUUUAUUAUCCAAACGUAUGCGAUAAAUGAGCUUCAAUAUUCGAAGUGAGCUGUUGCGUCAUUCAAUCAGGAUAAUUGAAUGGGCGAGAUUAUCGUUACGAAUAGAAAAUUGAACUUUAACACAUCGACAAAACCAUAAUAAAUCAUAUAUUUAAGAUCACAUUAUACACUGUAUCAGCUGUUUCUUCUAAGACGCAAAUCGUCGACACAUCAACGAAUUAGAACAUGAAUUCCAAAUGAACUUAAACCAAUCAUGCGAGAGCUUUUUGAUUUUUUCAACGUGAAGGGACGAAGUGCGAGAUUAAUAUGUCAUUAACGAUUCCUCCAAUCAAUAGAAAAUAAAUAUUCUAAACGAAAAAAAAAAACAACCAGAUAACCAACAGUUGAAUGGCACCUUGUAUUGAUGCUGGAUAAAUAAAAAAAAAAAUUAAUGGUUAUUUCUGCUUUCAGUAUUAUGUCCUAAAAUCGACGGGAGAAGGGAGUUUAUGCCCCUUUUGUUCUCUCCACUUCGCUAGUUAAAAAAAUCGUCGUUUCUAUAAUCCAACGGACGAAAAACUCCUUAAAUAAUUGGCAAGAUAGAUUUCUCACCAGAAUAAUAGAGAGAAAUAAACAAUAUAAUUUUUCAACUCAUUUAAAUAUCCGAAAGAGCCCAGUGGUUCUCCUAUCAAAAUGAACAAAUGAAAUCUCACAUUAUAUUAAACUUUAUCGUGCAACAAAAUAUAAACAUGGCAUGUCUGUGAAAAAAUGUUCCAAUAAAUUGUCGGGACUUUCAAGGAGGAACAACUUUAAAAUUCCUGAAUGUAAAUCUGGCACAUUGUUAACAUAAUCAUUAAAGUUACCUAUGUACACAGUAACGCGAUAAAACACUUUUUCUAAGUUUUUAUGAAAAUUCUGGAUCAGGAAAACAUUUCGUAAUGGAUAUCGAAUAAUUUUGUUCCUCUUUAGAAUUUCUAGAAUUCACGCCAAUUUCAUCUCAAUAAAUUUUCAAUUAUUCUGAGAGAAUUUCAUUCCUAUAACAAUCUUAGUUAAUGAGAUAAAUAUUAAUUGUCAUCUUCUGAUGUUUUCCAUCAAUUUUUGUUCAACAAAUCUAACGCACUGAUUCGUAAUCAGGAAAUACUGUACAUUCGCAAUAUUACCUCCAAUAAGAAGUUUAGUUACAUUGUUCAUAUUUUACCACUCGAUUUUUAUAUAAAAAACAUUGCAACAAUUUUCUUACAUUUUUCCUUCCGCGAGUGACAUGAAAAUGCCAUUCAGUGUCCCAUAGAUAAUGCAAAAAUGUAUGAAUCAGAAUUUGAUGAAUUUGAAAAAAAAAAA